GCACAAGCAGUAAUUUUCAGGUACGGACCAAGUGAAACGCCAGGAAAUGCCGAGCCUUUCAUUUUCUCCUUAACGAAAGGCCCCGGCAACAGACAGGCUGCUAUUAAGUUUUGCCGCGAGCUCCUUUUCCAGAACCCUCAAAUUGGCCGUAACUCCGGAAGCCGCGAGCAGGACGGGACAGGGGAGAGGGAGUGCCAUCUAAAAGCAGCCCGCUCACCCUGUAAAAAAAGCAGCCCGCUCACCCU